CCAUGAUUGUCAGUCGCGCAGCAGGUGACGUCACGGGAGCGACGGAAGCAGUGAACGUGAAUCUGGCUGAUUCAUUGUAGCCUGUUGGCUGGAUUCGACAGUCCACAAUAAAACAGUCUUACCGAAAUAAGCUGAGGAAUUCUUAAGCAGAUCUCAUUAUGGACCGACUGCUGAGGCUUGGAGGCGGCAUGCCGGGGCUCGGCCAGGGCCCACCAACAGAUGCUCCAGCUGUGGACACAGCAGAGCAGGUGUACAUCUCCUCUCUAGCUCUCCUCAAGAUGCUGAAGCACGGGCGUGCUGGUGUACCAAUGGAAGUCAUGGGAUUGAUGCUGGGAGAAUUUGUUGAUGACUACACAGUGCGAGUGAUCGAUGUUUUCGCCAUGCCCCAGUCAGGAACAGGUGUGAGCGUUGAAGCGGUGGACCCUGUGUUCCAGGCCAAAAUGUUGGACAUGCUGAAGCAGACGGGCAGACCAGAGAUGGUUGUGGGGUGGUACCACAGUCACCCUGGAUUUGGCUGCUGGUUGUCUGGUGUGGACAUCAACACACAGCAGAGCUUCGAGGCUCUGUCAGAACGAGCUGUCGCAGUGGUGGUCGAUCCCAUUCAGAGUGUGAAAGGAAAGGUCGUCAUCGAUGCCUUCAGAUUGAUAAAUGCCAACAUGAUGGUGUUGGGCCAUGAACCGAGGCAAACCACAUCUAACCUGGGUCAUCUGAACAAACCCUCCAUCCAGGCUUUGAUUCAUGGACUCAACAGACACUACUACUCGAUCACCAUCAAUUACAGGAAAAAUGAGCUGGAGCAGAAGAUGCUGCUGAACUUGCAUAAGAAGAGCUGGAUGGAGGGUCUCACCCUGCAGGACUACAGUGAGCACUGCAAGCUCAAUGAGACUAUUGUCAAGGAGAUGCUGGAGCUGGCGAAGAACUACAACAAGGCUGUUGAAGAAGAGGACAAAAUGACCCCGGAGCAGCUGGCGAUCAAGAAUGUUGGAAAACAGGAUCCCAAGAGACACUUGGAGGAGCACGUAGAUGUUUUAAUGACAUCCAACAUUGUCCAGUGCCUAGCUGCCAUGUUGGAUACUGUGGUUUUCAAGUGAUGGCCCUCUGUGUGUAUAACUGUUAAUAUUACAAGCCUUGUUUUCUUUUAUAUAAAAUAAAUGUAUGUAUGAAAUGCA